CUUGUGCUCUUGUGACCACCCCAGGUGCGAGCAGCAGCACCCUUCGGCAGAGGUAAAUUUGCUUUGCUGAGAGAUCUUUUGUUCCAGUGCUCAUUUCCUUUGUGACUCCGAACUCUCAUUUCCAACAGAAGAGGCAGUCUUCUCCGUGUUGGUCAGGCUGGUCUCGAACUCCUGACCUCAGGUGAUCCGCCUGCCUCGGCCUCCCAAAGUGCUGGGAUUACAGGUGUGAGCCACUGCGCCGGCCCAGCGUUGCUUUUCAAUUUGCAAUUACAAAACCGUGGGACGCCACUUGACGCUUCUCACCACCAAUCCAACCACCCAGCUCCCAGUCUCGUCAGGAGGAAGAAGGUCCCAUCAUGCCACUAGGAAGCUCACACGGGCCAGAAGCCGAGACUCCCGAGAGCGGAUCCGCCGACAUGAAUCCCGUCUUGGUGGUCCACGGCGGAGCUGGCCCCGUCUCCGAGGAUGUGAAGGAGAGAUUGCGCCAGGGCAUCGUCAGAGCCGCCACCGUGGGCUACUGCAUCCUCCGGGAGGGCGGGAGCGCCGUGGACGCUGUGGAGGGAGCUGUGGUCACCCUGGAAGACAAUCCCGAGUUCAACGCAGGUAAAUGUGCCUUUCGGCUAGUAAAUAAUGUCAGUCCGGUCAAGCUCCUCCCUCAUAAUAAAUAAAACCUAUGUAAAGUG